AUGUUUUCUAGACAAUUACUUCGUUCAAGCAUUGCAAAUUCAAGAGCUUUGCCAUUGAGUAAGCCAGCUAUUGGUAAGAGCUUUUUGAACAGUAGAUUUUACUCCUUCAAGGCAGAAGACCAACCAAGAAUCAGAAUUGGAUCAUUAGUGCCGAAUUUCGUGGCUGAUACUACCUAUGGGAAAAUUGACUUCCAUGAAUUCAUUGCAGACAACUGGGUUGUAUUUUUUUCACAUCCGGCAGAUUUUACUCCAGUCUGUACCACAGAGUUGGGGGCAUUUGCUAGAUUGGCCCCAGAAUUCGAUGAGAGAGGCGUCAAGUUGAUUGGAUUAUCAACGGAAGGAGUUGAUAGCCAUAAAGCUUGGGUUAAAGAUAUUGAGGACGUCAGUACCGGUGGUGCCAAGUUCAAUUACCCUAUCAUAGCUGAUCACAACAAAGAGGUUGCUUUCAAAUUUGAUAUGGUUUCUGAAGACGACUUCAAGAAAUUGAAUUCAGGUUUAGUUCCUACUGUCAGAUCUGUCUUCGUCAUUGAUCCUGCUAAGAAAGUUAGAUUGAUCAUGACCUAUCCGGCAUCUACCGGUAGAAAUUCUGCUGAAGUUUUGAGAGUUGUCGAUGCGUUACAAUUAGCCGACAGAAAGGGUGUUGUUACCCCAGUUGACUGGACAGAGGGUCAGGACGUUAUUAUCCCACCAACUGUAUCUGAUGCAGAUGCAAAAGCAAAGUUUGGUAGCUUCAAGACAUUGAAACCUUACCUCAGAACUACUAAUUUAUCUAAGUGA